CAGUCACUCAUACCUUGAGUGAGCUCCGUCCAUUCUUUAGCCGUGGUGCUUUCAUACCUUUUCUGCAGAUUCGCAUAGUUCCUGUGUUCUUAUCUUUUUGUCUUUCUAUCAGCUUCAGCUGGUGUCUUCACCAGAGACCCUGCGCCAUGCCUGUCGUCAAAGGAGGCGUCUGGACGAACUUGGAAGAUGAGGUGCUCAAGGCAAGCGUAUCGAAAUAUGGUCUUAACCAGUGGGCACGAGUGUCAUCGCUGCUUGCGCGAAAAACGCCAAAACAAUGCAAGGCCCGUUGGGUAGAAUGGCUGGAUCCAAGUAUCCGCAAGAUCGAGUGGUCGCGCGAGGAAGAUGAGAAGUUGCUACACCUCGCGAAGUUGAUGCCGACGCAAUGGCGAACGAUUGCGCCCAUUGUUGGUCGCACGGCCACCCAGUGUCUGGAGCGAUAUCAGAAACUCCUAGAUGAAGCAGAAGCUCGGGAGAAUGAAGAGCUUGGUUUGGGAGGCCCAGGAGCUGAGGCUGCUGCUCCCAGUGCAGAUGAUGUCAGACGGCUACGUCCCGGAGAACUCGAUCCGGAUCCUGAAUCUAAGCCUGCCCGACCAGAUACGAUCGAUUUGGAUGAGGACGAAAAGGAGAUGCUUAGUGAGGCUCGUGCCCGUCUAGCAAACACUCAGGGUAAAAAGGCCAAGCGGAAGGCCAGAGAACGGCAACUCGAGGAAUCACGUCGGCUGGCCGUGCUUCAGAAACGGCGCGAGCUCAAAAAUGCCGGUAUUAAUAUCAAGGUCGUUACCCGCAAGCAGGGGGAGAUGGAUUAUAAUGCGGAUAUCCCAUUUGAGAAGCCGGCAGCUCCGGGAUUCUACGACACUACGGAGGAAAUAGCAAGAAAUGAAAGACAGCGGGAGAUGUUUGAUCCUCGAAAGCAACAAGCCAACAAGCGGAGAGGUGAUCAGGACGAUGAAGCGGAGAGGAAGAAAAGGAAGAGCGACAAGAACAGCAAUGCUGCGGCAUUCGCGGCAGCCGCAAAGGCUGGACAGAUGCAGAAGAUCCGUGAAGCGGAGCAAAGCAGCAAGAGGAGGCCUCUUAACCUGCCCGCACCUCAGGUCAGCGAGGGUGAACUCGAGGACAUCAUCAAGAUGGGCAUGGCAGGAGAUAAAGCCAGCAAAAUGAUUGGGGACGAGGAGGGUACGAGGGGUUUGGUAGGAAACUACUCAGCCAUCGUUGGCGGAACGCCUAUCCGGACUCCUCGUGCUCCCGCAGAGGAGGAUCAUAUUGCUAACGAGAUUCGCAACAUCAGAGCUUUGACGGAAACGCAGUCGUCCUUGCUGGGUGGAGAGAAUACUCCUCUUCACGGUGGAGAAGGCUCUACUGGUUUCGAAGGUAUUGCGCCUCGCCGCCAGCAGAUUGUCACUCCAAAUCCUAUGGCUACUCCUUUCCGUCAGGCGAACGGCGUUGGCGCAACUCCUAUGCACGGAGGCAUUGGGCCUGGUGCCACGCCUCUACGUACACCGCGAGAUCAUUUUGCUUUGAAUCGGGAAAUAGGCGGUGGACAGCUUAUCGGGAACACGCCUAGAGAGGUCAAAAUGCGGGAGAACUUCAUGCGACAGCAGCUUCGUAGUAAGCUAUCUUCGCUUCCGAAGCCAAAAGAAACAGAGUGGGAAUUGGAAGAGCUUCCCUCGGAGACGGCAGAGCCUACCGCAGCGGGUCCUGAGGGCGAGGAAGAUGCCGCUGAGCGUGACAGACGGGCAAACGAGGCCCGUGAAAAGGCCGCCCAGGCUGAGUUCAAACGCCAAACUCAGGUCUUCCAGCGUUCAUUGCCACGACCCAGUGUUCUCGACAUCGAUGCCUUGAUGCACCGGGCCUCGCAGAUUAGCGAUCCUAUCGGUAGUCUAGUUGCGAAAGAGACUGCUCUUCUCAUCGCCAAUGAUGCGCGGAAACACCCUGUCCCGGGAGCAAAAGUGGAAGGGAAAGCUCCGAAAUUGCAGAAGCUUGAUGACAGCCUGUUGGAUGCAGCCCGGGCAGCUAUCACGGCGGAGGUAUCUUCGCCCGAGCUGGUGCAACAAUGGCAGAGUGAUUUCGACAAUGCUUGGACCUCGACUCAUACGAACUCCCUGCCUGGUCUGGCCAACUAUUCUGAUGAAGAGGAAGACCCGUAUAAGCAGGAACAGCAGAUGAUUACCGCAUUUGACAAUGUUUCUGCCUCACUUCUAGCAACAGCAGAGCAAGGGAACAAACUGGAAAAGAAGCUCGCAUUACAUUACGGUGGAUAUCAAUCUAGGGCGAAAACGCUCCGUUCAAAGAUUAUUGAAGCGGGCGCAGCGUUGGAAAAAGCUAAGAUUGAGCUUAACACCUUCAGCGCAUUGCAAGUCUCAGAGGAAGCAGCACUCUCAAUGAGACUUGAAAAGCUCCGUGAUGAAGUCGCGUUCAUUUCGAGAAGAGAACGAGAGGCUCAGGAGCUGUACAAAUCUCGAAAAGACGAGCUUGACGAACUGGUUGCAGCUGUUGGAGGCAUGACCAAUGGAUGGCAUUAAAUUUUUCUUCAGAUAAUGGUCAGCCAGAUAUGUCUUAUGUGCAUUAUAUCCCGCGGAGUCGGUUCUAGGAUGUCAUCUAGUCUUGUAUAAAAAAUAUUCUUCUACGUAUGUAAUAUUGUGUGGCCACUUGUAAUUCGACUUACAGGCAAUCAUCCCCCUUCGAAGUCAGAAAUCUUGGAACUGUUAGCCUACA